AUGGGCGCUGAUGAUGAUGAUGAGGAUGGGCAAAUACAACCGGUACCAUCAUCCGUGAAGCCGAAAGAACGUGAUCCGCUAUUAUGCCUGGUCGAUUUGCAACGGGCCGAUGGAUCGUGGGUUUUGGAUGCUGAGUUUUGCGAAUGUCUAAGCUUAUCACUCACUGUUGUGCAGUCCGCUGUUCCCAAAACCUGGGAUGCCACACACACAAAAGAACCUGUACCCGAGGCUUCAUGGGAUACUGCGCUCGCGUUGGCCUACUUCGAAACCGUAUUGGCUACUCGUGCACUGGAGUGGAAGUUGUUGGCAAGAAAAGCGAAUGGUUGGUUAAUGGAGCAAGUCACUGUGGGGACCACUGACGCAAAAAGUGCUAAGAAAUACUGUGAUACUCUGAUUGCAGAAGCGAAAAAAUUUCUGGCGAAUAAGAUUUAG